AUGCUUCACCACACUUUCCUCCUCACCGCCGCGCUCGCCGCCACGCUCGGCGACUGCGGCUCGACCGUCUUCGAGUCGCUGGCGACCAAGCCCGCGGGCUGGACACGCCUGGGCGACGCUCCCGACACCCAACACCUCAAGCUGCGCAUCGCGCUGCACCAGCCCGACGAGGCGCUCUUCGAGCGCACGCUGUACGAGGUGUCGGACCCGGCGCACGCGCGCUACGGACAGCACCUGUCGCGCGACGCGGUGGCCUCGCUGCUGGCGCCGCGCGCCGAGUCGACCGCCGCCGUGCUGGCCUGGCUGCGCGGGGCGGGCGUCUCGCCGGGCCAGGUGGAUGCGGAUGGGGAGUGGGUCAAUGUGGGCGUGACAGUGCGCCAGGCGGCGGCGUUGCUGGAGGCGGAUUUUGGGGUGUGGGGUCAGGAUGGUACGGAUGUGAAGAGGGUACGCGCGCUGCGGUAUUCGGUGCCCGAUGAGGUCGCGCCGCAUAUUCGGAUGGUGGCGCCGGUGGUCAGGUUUGGGCAGGUCAGGCCGGCGCGGAGCCAGGUGUUUGAGGUGGUUGAGCCGCCGGUGCAGCCGCAGGCGAAGGUGGCGUCCGCCAUCCCGCCGCAGGAGCUGGAUGUCAAGGCGUGCAAUACCAGUAUCACCCCCGAGUGCCUGCGGGCGCUGUACAAGAUCGGCUCGUACCAGGCCAAGGCGAGCAAGAACAGCUUGUUUGGUGUCGCGGGGUAUUUGGAGGAGUGGGCCAAGUAUGACCAGCUCGAGCUGUUCAGCGACACGUACGCGCCGUAUGCUUCCGACACCAACUUCACCGCGGUGGGCGUCGCUGGCGGGGUGAACGAGCAGGGGCCGUCGGAGCAGGACGAUAUUGAGGCCAACCUGGAUAUUCAGUACGCUGUCGCUUUGUCGUACAAGACUCCGGUUACGUACUACAGCACUGCGGGGCGUGGACCUUUGGUGCCGGAUCUUGACCAGCCAGACGCCGACGAGUCUUCCAACGAGCCGUACCUGGACUUCUUCUCCUACCUGCUGAAGCUGCCCGACCAGAAGCUGCCGCAGACCCUGACCACGUCAUAUGGCGAGGAUGAGCAGUCAGUGCCUCGCCCGUAUGCCGAGAAGGUCUGCCAGAUGAUCGGCCAGCUGGGCGCUCGCGGCGUGUCCAUUCUCUUUUCCUCGGGGGACACCGGCGUCGGCUCCGCAUGCCAGACCAACGAUGGCAAGAACACAACCCGCUUCCUGCCCAUCUUCCCUGCCGCUUGCCCUUACGUCACCUCCGUCGGCGGUACCCGCUACAUCCAGCCAGAGCAGGCCGUGUCCUUUUCCUCGGGUGGCUUCUCUGACAUCUGGCCACGCCCCUCCUACCAAGACUCCGCCGUGUCCAAAUACCUAAAGGACCACCUCAAGGGCCGCUGGGAGGGUCUCUACAACCCGGAGGGGCGCGGGUUCCCGGACGUGGCGGCGCAGGGGGUGGCCUACCACGUCUUCUCGCAGAACAAGGACAUUCUGGUGUCCGGGACCAGCGCGUCGGCGCCCAUGUUCGCGGCGCUGAUCAGCCUGCUCAACAACGCGCGCCUGGCCGAGGGCCGCCCGCCGCUGGGCUUCCUCAACCCCUGGCUGUACUCCAAGGAGGUGAGCCGCAAGGGCGCGCUGACCGACAUUGUGCACGGCGGCUCCACGGGCUGCACGGGUAAGGACAUGUACUCGGGCCUGCCGACGCCCUUUGUCCCCUACGCGAGCUGGAAUGCCACCCCCGGCUGGGACCCCGUCACGGGGCUGGGCACCCCGGUCUUUGAUAAAUUGCUGGAGCUGACCGCGCCGGGCGGAAAGCACCUGCAGAUUGGGGCUGGCCUUGGUGUUGGCAUCAAUAUUGGGCCUGAGUUGUGCGUAUUCUGA